CUGCAUAGUACCUGAAAACUGUUCUAGUACAAGUGGUGUUUGCCUGGUAUCCAUAUGCGCGGUGUCUGAAUAGUGCAAUUCCGACCAUGGACGAAAAGCAGGAGCCAAUAUCGGGGACGAAAGAACCCAUCAUGACGGAUGCUUCGAACAGUGUGAAAGAGGGAAACGUCUCUAUCCCUACUAACACGACCCUUGUGGGAAACAGCCAUGUCAACAAACCCCAGGUGACCAAGGAUGGCGUCAAGCUGCACCCACAACCAACGGCUGACCCCCUGGAUCCUCUGAAUUGGUCCAGUAUGCGGAAGCACACCAUCCUAGGUAUCGUUAUGUUCAAAUACUUCUUGUUCACAUAUAUUACGACGACAACGGUGCCAUCUUUCCCUGCGAUCCAGACGCAGUUCAGCAUCAGCUACUCUCAGGUCAAUUGGACGGUCGCCAUCCCAGCUCUGGGUCUUGCCGUCGGUCCCUUGUUCUGGUCCUCAUUUAGUGACAUCUAUGGACGUCGCAUCAUCUUCAUCUUGGGAACUAUCAUCGCACUGGUUGCAACUUGCGGUGCUGGUGCUGCGAACACAUAUGGCGGGUACAUGGCCGCUCGCUUUUUUCAAGGCUUUGGUGUGAGUCCUGCAUCGACUGUAGGAAUGGCUGUAGGCAAGUUGGGCGAUCUUUUCUUCGAGCAUGAGCGUGGCCAGAAGCUAGGCCUCUGGGUGCUAGCUAUCGACUCUGGUUUGCUUCUGGGACCAACAUUUGGCGGUUUCUUGAACGUUGUCAGCGCCGCCUGGAUCAAUUGGUUCAACGCAAUCCUUUUCGCGGCCCUUCUUGUCCUCGAGCUGUUCUUCAUGCCGGAAACGCUAUACCCACGAAACCUGAUGCUUCAGCAAAUGCCUUUGGCAAACGAUAUACCAGGAACAACCGACAUUGAAAAGGCCGCUCAUAAGCAGGGCACCGUAGAGAAUGUCGACUUGCCCCGGACCACCAAGCUCUUCUUUCUGAACAUCAAGCCCGUCCCCGGCGUACGCCACCCAAAGCCAUGGGACUCGAUCGUACGUUUCCUGCUCACGUUCCGCUUCCCUGUCGUCGUCAUCGGCGUUUUAGGCUACUGCUUCCUGUGGUACUGGUGGGUGCUAUCAGUAAUCACGAUGCUUCCAGCCGCAUAUGUCAACUACUCCCCACUAAUCCAAGGACUGCUAUUCCUUGGACUACUUCUGGGGACCUUAUUCUCGGAGAUUUUCUUCUCUGGCACACUCAGCGAUUAUAUCGUAGCCAAGAUGGCGAAGAAAAACAACAAUGUUCGCGUUGCUGAGAUGCGGCUGUGGUUGGCAUAUCCUGCUAUUCUGAUCACUGCUAUCGGACUCAUCGUCUGGGGUAUCAGUAUCGAUAAAGGCUACCACUGGAUAGUUGGCCAGAUUGCCUUCUUCUUAUUCGCCGCCGGCAUCCAGAUCGGCAAUACCGUAAUCAGCAGCUACAUCGUCGACAGCUACCCGCUACAAUCAAUGAGCGUCAUCACAUUCUACGCUGUAUUUCUCAAUCUCAGCGCUUUCAUCAAUCCCUUCUUCAUCGCCCCCUGGCAAGCAUCCUCAGGCUGGACCUGGACAUUCGCCGCACAGGGCAUUAUUGUUUUCUUCGCUGGGAUCCCACUCUUCGCUGUGCUGCAGCGAUAUGGGGCGGCUUUGCGGGCAAAGUCGCCGCAGGCGUCGUGGGUUAAUCCGGAAUUCGAUACGAGUGUUUGAUGCAUUUUUUUUUAUGUUGUUUGUUAGGCAGGCAGAGAGGUAUGGGAUUUUUACCAAGAAAGAUAUGUAGGUUUAUAUAUGCCUAGAUGAACUACUGUGUUUAUUAGAUGAUGC